GCGAAAGCAAGAAGAAGUGAUUUUAUUGGAAGAGAAAAUCCGGCAACGCAGUGAACAGCAAAAAAAGGCAGGCAUUGAGUUGGACGCAACUUGUCAUAUAUGCCUGAAGACCAAAUUUGCCGACGGUGUCGGACACCUGUGCAACUAUUGCGGUAUCAGAUGUUGUGCCAGGUGUGGUGGCAAGGUUACCCUGCGUUCGAGCAAAGUGAUAUGGGUGUGCAUAUUGUGUCGGAAAAAACAAGAGCUUCUCAGCAAGUCUGGGGAAUGGAUCAACCAUGGUAUGGCGGCCGCUGGCGGCGAUCCAUCCAGGCGAUCCGAGGUGUCGUCGCCCUGUAUGAUGUCAGAUAAGAGGCCCAAGCUCGAAAGGGCACACAGCGCAGUGGAGAAGGAGAACGUGCCACUGUUACAGCGGUCUAACAGCCUCCUGCGACGCCAAUACUCCCAACAGGAGCCGUCCAGCCGGAAGGAGCAUCAGGAGCAUGGAUUGGCUGACGAAUACUAUCGCUCAGGCCACGACGAUUACUAUCGUGGCGGUCAGCUGGAAGGGGUGUCGCACAGGACCGGAACCGGCAACCAGUCGUCAAGGUCUUUGCACCACCAGCCCCCACUGCACCAGUUCGGUCCGRCUGCAGUGGACUGUAAACAGUCACUGAUGGGAGGUCCUGGAGGUCCUGGUGGCGUGCCGGUGCGCAAGCACAAGAGGCCUGGUAACACGAUGCCCCCCGAACGGCUACACCAGCAGCAUCAACAGCACCAGCACCAGCACCAGCACCAGCACCAACGCAUCAGUUUUUCCAGCUCUGAGGAGGAGGAGUUGCGAUCCACGUCCGAGUGCACCAGCUGUGACGAGCACGAAAGUGAAAAAGCAAUUUAUCGCAAGAUGGGUACCAUUAAUGGACCGAGGCGAAAGAAAACUGUGMGAUUCGACCACAGACACCACCAAACGACACAGCAAACGUCCAAAGAUUCCGGAUUUGACACCGGCAGUUCGAUAUUCACGUCCAAUGACGACCCAAUAUACCUCGGCGACAUAAAGCAACCGAUGUCGUGGCAACGGAGCCCCGAUAACAAGUUCUUGAUAGGUCACAUGGUGCUUAACAAGUCUGUUUGGGAGACCCCGAUCAGCCCGUCUUCCAGUGCGGCUGCCAUGUUGGGCCUGAAAAUCACCGGUGGCAAAUUCCUGUCGGCCACCGGAAGGAGAUGUGCGAUUAUCGAUCGCGUCCGGAAAGGCAGUACAGCUGACAUGGAGGGAAAUUUGAAACCGGGCGACGAGGUGUUGGAAUGGAAUGGUUGUCUAUUACAAGGAAAAACACAAAAAGAAGUAUCAGACAUUAUUUCAGAAUCAAAACAUUUGCCACAAAUUGAGCUCAAAGUGUCCAGGUCAAUACUUCCGAGAAGAGCAAGUUAUGGCACUCCAACUAAAGCUAAAACGAGUUCAAUGGGUCUAUAUGAUUUACGUAAAGAUAAACCUUAUGUAAUGGUUACUUCGCCGGGUAGUCCAGAACAUUUGGCUUCAAAUCCAGCCCGGGUCUUAAGGGCUUCCAAAAGUGUUAGCGGACCAAAUAGUUUAUACGUCGGAGGGAAGAUACAGGUCAAAUUAGGUUUUGACCCGCAAUCACUAAAGUUGGUSGUAACUAUAAUGGCCGCAUCAAAUCUGUUACCACGGUCUGAUGGUUCACCAAGAUCAGCAUACGCCAAAGUAUGCCUUUUACCAGAUACAAGUGAAAAAUCUAAACGAAGAACUAAAACGAUAGUGAAUUCCACUGAUCCUAAAUGGAAUCAAAAUUUUUCAUUUACAACUAUGAGAAGGUCAGAUUUAAAGUUUAAAGUUCUUCAAAUUUCACUAUGGGAUUAUGAUAACAACCCUACAAAUCAGUUUCUUGGAGAAGUACUGAUCGAAUUGGGGCUUAAGAAAUUAGAAAACUUGGCUGAAUGGUAUCCAUUGACUGCACACCAAGAAAUAACUGGAGAAGGAGGUAUUACAAUAGGUGAUUAUGAUAUGGAAUACUCAGGAGAACACUUGUCUCCACCAUCUACAUUAUCUCGACAAUCAGAUUCAGAUGCUUCGGAUGUUGAUGAUUGCUGUAGCGGACGACGAGUUGGAGCUGAUGGUGCAUCAAUAAGUAGCCUUGGUAGUUCCAUAAGCCCACCGCCUGAUUAUGAUCAUUUGGAUCGGAGGAAAAGUCGUAGGGAUAUGUCACCAUUACAAAAGUCAUACGUGUAUGGCACUACUCUUGAAAAAAAAUAUGGAUAUGAAGCCAGUUUAAAACAGCAGUCCGUACCAAUUCGAUCUAUAACAAGUGUUAGUCAUAGAUCGAGAUCUGCUGCACCGACUGAUUCUCCUAGCCAACAUUCUAGAUCACGAUCGAAAAGUCCAACCAUGCUCUCCGACAGAAGAAGUUUAUCUCCUCCAGAUUAUAGGUAUCCUGGAGGUAUUCAGAGCUAUAGGCAAGGUCCUUCAAGGUUCUUAGCUAGGUCAGCAACAGCUACUCCUACAUCUACCCCCAAAAAACGUCAACUUCCUCAAAUUCCAGGAACUAUGCCUUCUUCUUUAGAUGAACGAAUUCCAUAUUAUUUUGAUGACCAAACGUCAUCGGUUCGAAGAAGAACGAGACAAAUGCAACCUCGAAGAAUUCAGAGUAGAACAGGAGGCCUUGGUAGAUUACACCAUUAUGGUGGGUUAAGUGAUAGUGAUAUACCUAUGCAACAACUUCGAUCUCUGACACCUCCACACGUUAGAGGGUCAAUGAUGUCCAGAGGAGAAACUGGAGAUACUUGUGAUAUUGAUGAUAGCGACAGUGUUAUCAGCAGUGCUUUAUCUACGCAAUCUGAACAGCCCAGAUCGACGAUAUUUUGCUGCUGCAACGCCACCGAUUACCGCUACCCAUCAACGUCACAUUCACCCAGCUGUAGUUUUAGUAAAAGUAGUAGCAAGCGUGAUAGUAUACAUUUGUACCGUUAUAAUUCAUUUCCUGCUGAUUACUUUUUACUCCAUCCGAUAGACAAUAGACCGGUUUUAACGGAAAAUUCUCCGACUGAAAACCCAAAACCAUUAAAAAAAACACGAUUUAAUUUAAAUCAUCUAGAUAACCACGAUCCUCUUUAUGAUUCCGAUUCCGGGUUGGAUAUGCUAGGUUUUCAAUCACCUACAGAGAGGCAAAGAUCCCGUAGGAAAAGAAACCUUACUCUAGAUUUAGGCGAAUCAGUGUUAGACGUAGUGGGUAGCUAUAGUGGCGCUGCUGUAGCGUUUAGUUAUGCUUUAACCGACCCUUUAAAUGCUAUUGUCCAUGGCAGUGAUUAUGGAGCGUCGCACAGUAGAUCUGGAUCACAACAAUCUCCCGUAAUGGCACCAACAUCCGAUAGCAAAAGGGCUCAAUUUUCACGGAGCCUGUCUAAUGCUGAUGUACAGACAGAUAACAUAACCGAUUCUGGUAGUUCAGGAAAACGAAGAGGCGAUUCGUCUUCCUUAACAGAAAGUGCCGGUAAAAGCUCAGCUUCUGGGACCAACUCUUCCAAUUCCGGUAUGGGCAAAAAAAGUGCAUCAGCAUCUCAAUUAUCAGCAACCGGGCGCAAGCGUAGGUUAGGUUUUGGUUCGAAAGGAAAAUCUUCGUUUACGGUGCACAGAAGUGAAGAAGUGCUGCCUGGGGCAAGUCGACCCCUCGUCAAACAGCCGUCCAGCGUUUCUAGUGACGGUGAAGCAUCCCAAGACGGCGAAAGGUUAAUAAUGUAUGAUAUUUGUAAUUUUUUAUGACAAAAAAAACUUWAAAAAAAUUAUUACUAUAAAACCACGGAGAUAUUGAUGGUAUCCUGGAUGAAGACCAAACAUGGUAAAACUCAAAGAAGCCUGUGUAUAUUGUCGUUUUGGUUUGAUGAUUUUCAAAAUAAAAAAUAAAAAAGAAGUUUGCCUUUGCAUGGGGAUUGGAUCAUCACUCGUGUACAUAUAAUUUUUGUUGUAGAAUGUUUGUGCAAACUCUGAACAUAUUUAUGAAAAGAUAACAUCGUCGCUAGAAAUAUUCAAUACAGUUACUUUUCAUGGAAAAUAAUAACAGACGCUUGUAAAUAUUGCGAAUUACAAACACCCCGGCUACGUCUAUUGGUAUUGGAACAUUUUCAGUCAUUGUAGACAGCCAAUAGUCGUAUUCCGGUUAGAUGAUCUUUCGUAUUUUUCACUUAGUCAUAUAUCAAUACUUUAGGAGUUCGUGCAUAGUUGUAGAAAGCUUUAUUACGGUACAUAAUGAAGUAUGGUUUUUCCACAGUACAAAUAUUAUUGUAAACUGUAUAAACGGUGUGUAUAAAAAUAUAUGGAAAAAAUAUGCGCCGGUAUCACCUGAAUCCUAUAGCAGAUCACUGUGAUAAAUCCUAAUUACUAGAAAACUCCAAUCACAAUUUAAUUGUUUCGGAUAUUGUUUUAUUUG